AGUAGCCGGGACGCAAGCAACCAGACAAUUCGCCGCGACGAUCUCUGGUCCGAUCCAAGUGCUCAACUUUUCUGUGGUGUUAUCGUGGAGUUGCACCGCCGAUAUAGAGGAUUCACAAAACAGCUUCUGCGAGCAUUGUCCAAUAUACACUGCCGUGAAUGUAGUCGACGAAGUCCCUCUUUACCUGUGUCCCCCUGCGAAGUGAGCUUUCAUCGAAUGGGAGUAGCAAUACCGCAUGGUUGUACUUCUGGUGCUCAAGCGGGAAACCUUCCCUGCGAGCGCUUUGUCGCUCUAACAUUGUAGCAAUUUUAUUGCAUCACCAGCACUGGCACUUUUUGCGACUUUGCGCUGGAGGUGGGCCCGCAAAUGCACUCCCACAGCGUCCGACUACACGAAGUGAACUACCUUAGGUAUUACUGAGGUUCUGAGAAUACUGACCCGUGCUAGCACGCUCUCCACGAGGAUGGGGAAAAUGUAAAUCGCCGGCGCCGCCAGCCCAAGGUCAGCGAUGUCACCACGACCCGGUAACCCACCGUCCAAGGCUACGACGGCAACGAAACCGAGCACUGCCAGUGGUAACCCAAGCGCCGUUCCCGAGGCCGACAUAGCGACCAACGGAGCCCUCCUAUUUCACGCCGAAGCAUCAAGGCUCGCCAAAUCAUGGUUACAGGGCGCGACAGCAGCAGCAGACCCAAAAGAAGGGGACAACGACGAGGAUGAAGCCGAUCUGAAAAGGGAGCGAGAACUGUUUGGAUCAAAUAAUGCGGCGCAGUACUCUGAAACCGGCGGAGUAGGUUUCGAACCACCUUCAGAGCCCCAAAACAACGGUGGCAGUGCCACAUCUUCUCGAGCCGGAUACGAUCAGACAACAGAGUUCCUGCGCAAACAAUUGCUCCGGGGCGGAAGCCGAUAUAAUAGCACCAACUCGUCGCAUGCAAGCGUCAAACCCCGACCACAGCUGCCACAGGCAAAGCAGCGGCGCGCCAAUAAUAGCGAAGAUGAAGAUGAAGAAGAGGGCCGCUCUGCGCUAGGCAAAGGCAGAAGCAAAAACAACAAAAACAAACCCGGACUCAAGGGCAAUAAUGAGCUGAAAAGCACUGAGGUCAACCAGAACAACAUUACUGUGUCUGCUGCCGUCGAGGUCGAUGAGUCCAUUACCGCAUCCCAUGAUGAUACGAACCAGGGAACGGCAACGCCGCAAUCUACAAUAAGCACCACCACCACCACUACUAAAUCGACCAGCAAAAAGCGAGGCUCGAGUUACCUGGACGAGGUGCUUGCGUCGAGGGCAGCCAAGAAGAAUAAAAAGAUGAAACCGAAUCAGAAUCAGAACCAGAACCAGAACCAGAACCAGUCCUCCUGAACGAAGCCUUAAUCUGGAAAGCACAGAGUUGACUUUUUCUCAAUAGUCAACGCCUAAGGGGAAAGAAACGUAGGCACACAAGCUACGAUUAUGGAGGACGCUGUAAGCCAGCUGCAGCGUGGAGAAACAAGAUCUUCAGCAUUCCGGCCGCCAUCUCGGUCUACAGUAGAUUCUGUGUAGGAUCAGGUAGGCGAACAGCCCAGAGCAAAGACGCCGCGCCGCGCUCUGAACACAAGUACAAAGUGUCUCUAUGGUAGGCUGCUGUAGCAGUACGCCUGAGGCUCUGAUGUACAUACGCAUCUCGUGGUCUUUCAAAAAUGGAUCAGAGGCCCUGACCAGCGCAGGGCCUCCCAUGAGCCUAUAUUACUCUUCAAACGCCUGAAAUUGGUCAAUUAGGAGGUUUCGACACCCAUCUCCCGCAAGCAGUGCUUUCGAGGGUCAUGCUAAAGAAAUAUGUUCAAACGCCUGCUUUUCUGGUCUCAUUAUCUAAGGUAAUCCACUGUGGCUUUCUGUUCUGUCAAAAAUGUAACAAGUUUAUACUGGGCGCAACUUUCUUCAUUGCAGUCGUUUCCGUUUGCGAUCCUCGUUGGGACCGUCAUCUUCAUUCUCCUCCUCGGCCGUCUCGGCGGGAUUCAGCAGUGAAUGCAGCGUCGCCAUGCUUCCCCUUCGAGUGGCCGGCGCAGAAUGCAACUCGAAGUUCGGCCGAGGGAAUUUACUCCCGCCCAACGUCCAGGAGACAUUGUCAACCCCUAACCCUGCCGGAGGAGCGUCAGCACUGAGGGGCGGUGUCGGCUGGCUGGCGCUGAGUGUCUGUCGCCUCGGGCCGUUGAUUUCGUACUGAGCCAAUUGGUCCCGGAUCGCUUGGUCGCCGCCGCCAGAGUGCGGUGGCUGUUGCGGCGACGAAGGUUGCCAGUGCGCAGACGACUGCCCUGAUGCGUGCGGGGACCCGUUAGUGUUGGUUGGUGGCCACCCAUGCUCCCGGAUAUCGGCAGACGUAUGCCGACGAGUCAAACUCAGAGGUGGUGGAGUAGCAACUGCUGACAGAGGAUGUGCAUUCUGUGGAGGGUGCUGCUGUGGAAGCGCCGGGCGACUGAAGCCCGGCGAUGCUUGAGGACCACUCAUCGAGCCAAACCGCCGAGGCGACGAAGAGAAGUGUGGCGGAAUCGCCGGCACCGGGGGUCGCAAUCCCACGUGUUGGGGUUCUACCUGAAUGGAUGACCGUCGGCUGUCUGGGUAGUUGUAUCCCCGUGGCGAAACCGGGGGUUCUAGAGCAGCACCGCCGCUGGAAUAGUAUGGCUGUCUGGGGUCCUGCGGCGUCUCCAAACCACGGACAAACUCGAGCUGUCGCGCGAUCUCUUUCUGCAUGUUUGUAAUGUCUGCGUACAAGGCAGAUUCCGGCGAAGACAUGUUUUGGAUUGCUCCGGUAACGCCAUGUAUCCAUUGAUGACAGCGGACAAGACUCUCGGUCAGAGCCUGACAUCUGGCGCUCAUCGAGGCGUAGUUUUCUUCUGUUCUUUGCAACCGGGUAUGGGCGUCGUAGAAAGCCUGUUCGAGAGCCGCCAAACGCUGGUCGGUGUCUGGCAUCACCUCGGCAGGCGUUCCUGGCUGGGAGGCAUUGGGCUUCGCGUUAGAGAAAGAAUCUCGGUGUAUCAAUGUGUGCCGUGACGCCCGCCUUUUGAUCUCUCUCAAGCCCAUCAGGUCACCUUUCCUAAAGUUCCCGUUCCCAUGUUUGAAUUCCCAGAGAGCGGACUCGGAGGACCCGGUGUGGAAAACGUCGCUGACCUUGUGGAAUCCGUACAUGUUGAGUUGUCGAACAAAGGAUGAAAUGUUGGUGUGCUUGAAGUAAUGAGCCAGCACUUUGGAGAACUCGUUCGAGGGCGACAUGACGAAGCUCUCAUUACUACUGGACCAUGAGAUCAAAUGCGAAAUGCUGCGGUCUUCCAACAUGCUGUAUAGCUUGUGAAUGAAAGCCGUUUGCACGACUUUGUUCGGCGCCUGAGACGCACCGGCCGCUCCGGUGCCGGUGUUGUUCGCGGGACUGGGGUCCUUGGUGCCAUUUGCGUUGCUGCUUUGUGGCUGGUCGGUUUCUGGACUCCCUUGAGCAGGAGGGCGCAUGCUUGGAGGACCGGGAGAGGUGGUCUGCACCGAAUCUUCUUCGGUCGACUUGGGCGAGGUUUCGUUGUUUUGGGGUAGUAUGGCCAUUGAUCUGGGUCUGGGUGAAUGUUCGACGGUAGAGCUAAAAGGAUUUCUCAGGGUCGACUGAAGCAGGGUACUCAUGAUGCUCCUUUAAGAACUAUUUUCGUUCGUGGACUCUGGCGUGCUUGGACGGAGGUCCUGUUUUUUUCUAUUUCCAAGGCAUGCACGGCAUCAAUCUUUCGCACCGUAAGUGGAGGCGCCCACACAUUGGGAGAGGAUUGCAGGGUAUUACAAGUCGACUCCCACUGGCUUUGCGCUCAAAGCUGGCUUGUUGGCUUGCUGGGCUGACAGCCAGACUGCCACUGCCAAUGCUCGGGCGCAGGUGCGAUCGGGACGGGGACGGAGAGGAUGCACCACGAAGUGUUGCCCGGCCGAUACACCACUCUUGACGUGGUCUCGUCGAUCUCGGAUCGGAAAGUGCUGAUGCCAACUGUGGAGGGAGAGCGCCAGAGGGAGGUGUGGGCGAGCUAUCGAAGAUGGUGGUGAUGGUGGUGGUGGUGUCUGGAGGAGGGCGCGGCUCUAGCCUGGGCGCGGGUUCCAGAAGAAAAAGGAGGAGAUGGCGCAAAGGAGGCAGAGGCGUUUCGUUUCGCGGGACGAACGAGGACGAGGAUGCUGGCGCGCAGGGAUUGAUUGAAUAAUGUCUUCAAGUUGACGGCGCUGCGAUACAAUAGUGUCGUUGGCAGGGGGGUGCGACGGUUCUAUCGAGUACAGGGAGGAGGUACCUGGGGUAGUAGCAUGCGGUCGAGGCUUCAAGAGAGAAUCAGUCAACGCCCGAGGGGAAUUACAAGACGAUACUAGGAGUGCUAGUCGUAGUAGGAGUUAGGUGUGGCUUGCGAAUCGGGGGGGUCGUGGCAGAGCAGUUCGGCCGGAGGAGGACGGGAACGCCGGAUUGAGAAGGGGGGGAACGCACUGCAGGGGUCGUGUGGACUGGGAAGAUGGUGGUUUGGCGACCGAGAGGAGUCGCUUGGUUCAAAGUUGCUCCGUCUAUACCGAACUUGAAGAGGUGCCACGGCCAGUGGUGGACGAUAAUAAUAAGCUGGGCAGCUUGAACUGGAGGGAAACAGGAUUGUUUUACACUACAACCACCCAUGAAGCGUCUGCUGAUCUGUGUCGGACCUUAUUAUACCGAAGAGGCGCUCGAAAAUCAUGAUCCAGGCAAGGGAUGCUCUAUAAAACACCUGGUAACGUGGAGUACACUGCAGGGUAUAUUGUCGCCGGUUGUUGGUCCAGUAGCUACAGUAUGACGGCAACAGUGUCCAGCAGCAAGCUAAAACAACAUGAUAAGAUUAAGAACAA